UAAGUUCAUUCAGAAGAAUUUUUAUGUAGACGAUGGACUUGUAAGUGUCACAUCAGAAGCCGAAGCAAUAAAACUAGUCAAAGAAGCAAGAGAGUUGUGCAGCACAGGUAAACUAAGGCUACAUAAGUUUAUAUCGAACAGUGAAAAUGUGAUUAAGUCAUUACCAAGAGAAGAGUGUGCUGAAAGUGUUAAGGAUUUGGACUUAGCACUAGGAGAACCAUUAAUGGAAAGAGCACUCGGUGUACAGUGGUGCAUUUCUUCUGAUAAGUUUCAGUUCAGAAUAACAGUGAAAGAGCACCCAAUGACCAAAAGAAGGAUUCUGUGCACGGUAGCAUCAGUUUAUGACCCACUGGGAUUUGUGGCGCCGUUCACCUUAAGAGGAAAGCAAAUCCUACAACAGUUAUGUCAAGAGAAAGCUGGUUGGGAUGAGCCGCUCUCAGACCAACUCCGAACACAAUGGGAAUCCUGGCUUCAAGAUCUUCAAAACUUGUCAAAAGUGAGAAUUCCAAGAUGUAUCUUACCACCAAACACAGAAAUUAAACAGUGUGAACUACACCACUUUUCGGAUGCCAGUGUCACAGGCUACGGACAAUGUAGUUAUUUAAGAUCAGUCACUUCCAAUGGAAAAGUUCAUUGUGCCCUAGUCUUGGGAAAGGCACGCGUAGCGCCAAGCAAGGUCACUACAGUCCCUAGACUUGAGUUAGCGGCUGCAGUAGUCGCAGCAAGGACAAGUCUAAUGUUAAGAAAUGAACUGGAAAUGGAUAAUCUGCAAGAACAUUUCUGGACAGAUUCAAAAGUUGUGUUAGGAUAUGUGAAUAAUGAUGCAAAGAGAUUUCAUGUGUUUGUGGCGAACAGGAUCCAGAGAAUUAAGUCACUCACAGAUCCAAAACAGUGGCAUCAUGUGCCAUCUGAAAGUAAUCCUGCAGACCAUGCAUCAAGAGGGUUAAGUGUUCAACAGCUACUCAAUUCUAACUGGUUUAAAGGUCCAGAGUUUUUGUGGCAAGGUGACCUACCCAUUGAAACGGACAAAGUUACUGAAGUUAUGCCUGAUGAUCCAGAGUUGAAAACAGUACAUGUGCUCAAUACCAAAGUACGACAAGAAAAGAGAACAAUGCUUGAUUGUCUCGCCAAAUUUUCAGACUGGAAAAGAGCUGUUAAAGCUAUUGCUCGUCUCAGAAAAUUUGUGAAGGAUUUCAAAGGAGUCACACAAACAAAAGGUGAAAACACAAGUGUUGAAGACAGACAAGAAGCAGAACUGUUCAUAAUAAAACUUGCACAAGAAAACACAUUCAGCAAGGAAAUCAAGGACUUAACUCAAGGAAAGGACAUUCAACUGAAGGACAAGACACACAAGUUGUACAGCUUAAGUCCCUUUGUUGAUGAGCAGGGAGUACUUAGGGUGGGAGGACGUUUAACAAGAUCAAGUCUUCACCCACACAUCAAACAUCCUGCCAUUAUUCCGAAAUCAAGUCAUGUCUCAACUCUACUCAUUAAACACUUCCAUGAGAAAGUGCAACAUCAAGGAAGAGGAUUAACUGUCAACGAGCUGCGCUCCAAUGGACUGUGGAUCACAGGAUGCAGCAGCGCGGUUGCUUCACACAUCUUCAAGUGCACUACCUGUAGACGGUACAGGAGAAAUACUCAAGAUCAACGAAUGUCAGAUUUACCUGAGGACAGAAUGGAAACAACACCCCCAUUCUCCUAUCGUGGUAUUGACUGUUUUGGACCUUUUUAUGUAAAAGACGGUAGAAAAGAACUUAAAAGGUAUGGUCUUCUUUUUACGUGUAUGUGUUCAAGGUCAAUACAUAUUGAAAUGUUAGAGGAUCUUACUAGUGAUGCUUUUAUUAAUGCAUUACGUUGUUUUAUUUCUAUACGUGGACAUGUAAGACAAAUCAGGUGUGACCAAGGCACAAAUUUUAUUGGUGCUAAGGGAGAGUUUUUGAAUGCGAUGAAAGACUUUGACAAAGAGCAGUUGAAACAAUACGGAUGCAAAUUUGUUCUCAACACCCCAUCUUCAAGCCACAUGGGAGGGGUCUGUCAGGCCUCCAAACAGCAGCUGCUCUUCUGUCUGAUCCGUUUGUCCAGCGGGUCGGUUUUCUUCUUCUUCUGUCAGUAA